GAAUUUUUUUUUUCAGUGCCUCAUACCUAAGGGAGUUACAGAAUGGACAAUACAUGGCUUGUGGCCUACAAGUAAAAAAGGAUAUCCAAGCUUUUGUAAUAGUUCAUGGCAUUUUAAACCAGAGCUUAUAAAGCCUAUACUGCUAGCACUAGAAGUCAAAUGGCCUAACAUACAUGCAGAUGCUUCUGAAAAUACAUUUUGGAAGCAUGAAUGGACAAAACACGGAACAUGUGCAGCAAGUGUAGAAGAAUUUGAUUCCGAACUUAAAUAUUUUAAGAACGCUUUGAAAGUUCAUGAUGGAUACAAUAUAUUUGAGUACAUUCGGAGAGCUGGAUUGAGCCCUGAUGGAAAAAGACCCCAUCUGCUGAAACUUAUUGAAAAUUCAAUUACUCUUCAUCUCAACAAAACAGUAAAACUAUUCUGCAAAAAUCAUAAGGGUUAUUCCAGUCCUGUACUUACUUCUAUGUAUGUCUGCACAGAUAAGAAAUUAAAUCCUAUUGACUGUGAUGAAAUUACUGAAAAAACUUGUGACAAGGCAUAUGUAUAUUAUUUACCUUUCUCAAAUCAAACGUUUUAAGUCAUAAAGUUUUCAACUGAAUGCUUUUAAAAGUAUUUUUUAAUUCCUCAUUUCUUUGAUUCUAACAUGUGUCUUAAUCUUCCUGCAUAAGUAAUGCUCAGAAUCAGGUGCACCUUAAAAUCAAUGGUAUCUUAGAAUCUCAGAUUUUUCAAUUGCCGAAUAUCCUCAAGAAUCUUUUUUUAAAUUAUUAAUGUAAGUAGGAAUACUGUUGUUACUAUUGAAUGGAAGCCAGUUAUUAAAUCAUAUUUGUUAAAUAUAUUUUAGCAUUUAUUGCAUCUAGUUUAUUUUCUUAAAAACAAAAAUCUGUUUUCUUUUGGUAGCACUGAAAUUAAGGAGGCAUGCAUUAGAAUCAAAGAAAUGUGCAGAAAAAAAAAUGUGAUUUCAGUUUUAAUGAAAGAAUUUCUGUAUAUAAAUGUGGAUAUAUAUAUAUGCUAUAAUAUACAAGGGUUUAAAAAAUGGGUGUAGCCUUUUUUUAAUGUUUUGCCUAAAUAUUGAUCCCCCAGACAUACUUCCAAUGACAAAGUUUUUAAACAAAAUGUAGAGUUGUAGGAAACUAGUAUCAACACUGUGGAUAAAGUCUCUUCUGUAGAAAUAAAUUUAAUCUUUAAUAUAAUUAAAACAAAAUAGGGAAAGUUGCACACUUUUAUAUGCAAAAUUUCUCGGAAGUAUGGUUAACAAACUUUUCAUUCCAUAUUAGAAGCUAUAGCAACAAAUUUAAUGAUGAAUGUUGUUUAUCUAAUGAAGAAACCAUAUUCAGGAUGGAAUUAUUAUUAUUAUUAAUCAUCAAAUACAGCAACAGUUUUUUGUAAGAACUUCUUGAACUUGCUUUCAAAAGUGUAGACUUUAAAUUUGUAAUGAGCAUAGAAAAAUGACUCCAGUCAAUGAAUUUCUUCUCGAAUACUUUUCCAAAAUUUGCAUAUCAAGAAGUAUUUUGAUUUUAUUCAAGCAUGAAGAUUAGUUUAGUAAUUGGAAUUUUGACUCUGGGUAUAUGUCAUAAAAAAGAUUUUAAUUUAUAAAUUCAUUCCCCCUAUUGUACAGAUGGUUUUCAUAAACAUAUGCAUCUUAUUUUAAAAAAUCUUUGUACAGUGAAACUUUUCUAAGAUGAUGACCCAAAAUUCCAGAUGAAUGUCAUUAACUGUGGAUAUGGUCACUUAUAUGUCCAGUACAAUUGUUUAUCAGUAUGUCCAGUACAAUUGUUUAAUUAUAUUCUUAGAAAUAUUGGUCACUUUUAGGUGUGGCAGUUUAGAGAAAUGAUCAUUUUGGGAAGUUUCAUUGUAGUUGUGUUAUAGGAAGUAUAUGUCUUGUAUUAGUAUUUUAUGAAAACAGUUCCUACGGUCACAUUUUUUUAAAUACCUUGUAUAUAAAGUAAACAAGUGAGGAAGUUCAGCAUAAAAAUUAACAAAAACAAACAUAAAAUUAUUGCUGACUGCACUUUCAUUGGAAUGAGUUCAACUCUUUCAAAGUAUUGGUAUUAUGCUGAAGUUGUACUAUGUGGAAGUUAAUAAUUGUUUUUUCUAAACUUCCAACAGAAAUGUACUAAAAUUUACAUCAUUCGCAAAAUUGAUACACAAGAAAAUUGUGAAAGUUUCAAAGAAAUCCAGCUCCAAGACCAAAUUAGCAUACACAUGAUAUAUAUGCAUACACAUAAUAUAUAUAUAUAUUAUGUGUAUGCUAUGUAUAUUUGAUUCAGGGCCAAAUUGAGGGGCCUCUGAAAAUUGAAAAGUUAUGUUUAUUAUUCCAAUAGAGGAGUGCUAUGAUGGACUCUAUUACUUCUUUCUAUCUAACUUCAGAAAUAUGUUCACUCAUCCAGAAUUUUAAAGGUCUGGGAAUUUAUCUCAUAUAUACAAAAUUAUAUUCAAAAUAACUUUUAUAAAUGUUUCUUGAAUGUAGGCCUGGUGUUUUAUUUUGUAUUAAAGAGAAUUUGAUUUUAUUGACAGUUUUAAUGGAAACUGAACAACAUACUGCUUGAAACAUUUGAGAAUGGUGAAAGCAUAGUUUGAAGGGGAAUGGCAGAUGAAUAAUAGAAACUGGAAGUGUGCUUAGUUUGAAGACUAAAGGUUAGAGGAAUUGGAAUUUGGAAAAUUUCUUGUAUACAAUGCCAAUGAUGAUAAAAGGAUACCCACAAAAAACAGCAAUGUAUUUCACAAUAUUAAAUAUAUAACCUUCAUAAGGGAAAGUUACACUUGGUACUGUUUAACUAGUACCACUGUGAAAAAAAAGAAAAAGGAAAAAAAAAAAAAAAAAAGACUUCAGGUAAAAGACAUGAAAUAUUCUUAGCCAUGAUCUAUGAAUAAUCGAAAUAAGAUAAUAGAAACAAACUAAACUGUGUGACUUUUUGACAGUUUACAGUAACAGCUGCUUAAAUCAAAACAUGACUAUAACAAUAAAAUCGCUACAGAGGUACAAUUUAUAUCAGGUCAGAACCUGAAAGUAGAUUACUUUCUAACACUUAUCUAACUGCACCAAACUACCAGUAGCUGUAUGCACAGCAUGAACAAUUUCUACAGCAAUACAGCAGUAUUAUGUUACAAGUUGCAAUUAGUUCACAGUCAAAUUUACAUCUUAGUUUUAAAUUAUGCCACUUGUGCAUAAUUUAAAACUAGGAUGUCAUUUCUUUAAACCUUUGGUCUGAGUGAGUAUUAUGAUGAGACAAAGAACAUAAGAAAGAAAUUAAAGCUAACUGUUAAUAAAUUUAAAUUAUAAAUGUGAAGUUCUUAUAUCAAAGGGGAAAGAAGGGUGCAAAAAUGAAUUGCAUAAAAUAUGAACAGUUCAUAAAUAAACAAAUGUGUAAGACAGAAAAUUUUAUAUAGAUAAACAGAGGUAGUUUAUGAUAAUAAGGAAACAGGAAACAAUUUCAUGAACAUGUAAAAUUAGUUAACUUAUUUUAUAAUCAGUUUGUCCAAGAAGGGAGAGGACUUCCUUGUAUAGCACUACAACUUCUACCUCAUUCGCUAUAAUAUAAAUUAAACAGUUGACCUGAUUUCCGAUGAAAUUGCAAUCAGGGAUAAAUAAAUGCUUAUUUAUGCUUAUUUUUACAUUUAACUUCUGUAUUUGUUUACUGUUAAAUGCACAAAGUUAUUUUCCUCUAAAAAUAUUUUAUGUACUUUGUCGUAUUCUUUCUGAGGGAUUUAAAAAGAAUUUUGCUUUUUUAAUAUAUUAACAUCCCAGUUUAGAAAAUUAUUAUUUUAAAAAUGAUUAGAAAUGUGUAUUUUUGAGAUUAUUAUUUAUACUUUGAAUAUAUAACUUUUAAUGAAAGGAUGUCUGUACAUAAAUGUAAAAGUACUUGUUAUGAUACAUAAUUGAUGACUGUAAAACAGUUUUGAACAAAAUAAUAAUAAUAAUAAUAAUGAAUUUUUAGUUAAGAAAAUUUUUUGUUUAAAAAAGUUCUUGAAUAUAGUACAAAUAUAUUCUUUUAAGUUUAUUAUGAGUAGUAAUUUUUUUGUGUGUGUAUCACUUUUAGUGAAAGAAUUCUUGUACAUAGAGUAUAUCUUAGAAUACAUAUUUUUAUUCUGUUUGUUUUAAGGAUAGUAAAACCAUUUUGAAUUUUAAAAAAUGAAUUUUCCAAAUAAGAAAUUUUUAUUUAAAGAUUCUAAAUCUGCAGUAAGUGUUAUGUGUUUAAGAUAUAUUAUUCUUUAUUUAUUCCUUUUAGAAUACCACUUUAUUGAGCUCUGUACAUAGAUGUUAUAAUAUUUAUUAUAUAAUAAUAAUUAUUGCUUUAUUUUAUUCUUUUGAUGAAUGUGAUAUUUUUGGUUAAAAGUUAAAGUGUGUGUUGAAAAUGUGUAAUUUUAAGUUUGACUUUUUCCUUUAAUAUAUCACUUUAAUUUUUUAUCUAUAUAGAUGCAAAAACAUUCAGUAUUUUCAAAAGAGUAUUAAAAUUAGGACUGUGAAAUGACUUUGAUGAUUGAAAAUACUAAAUUUCUUAAUUUAAAGUGUUGUUCUUAAAAAAAAAAAAAAAAAAAAAAAAAA